AUGGGUUUCGCUGACCGGAUCUCAAAACGGCGCGAAGUGGAGCUCGCGCCGAGCACCUUCGAGCUAUUGGAGGAAAUUCUGCCGACCUCCAACAUUGUCGAGCGUCUCUUCAGCGUUGCACGGAUGGUGCUGCGAAAUGAGAUGAAAUGCCUCACCCCGCUAACUCUUGAAAUGAUCCUUUUCCUAAAGGUGAACGGGAGUUACUGGAACGUGUCGACCGUGGACGCGUGCAUCUAG